AUGAAGUUCUCCGCCGCACUGAGCACUUCGCUUUUUGCGACUGCCGCCCUGGCAUCCCCUCGCCAUAACCCCUUCCACCGCGCUCACUCGAAGAGCGAGGCGGGUGCCGCUAACACAGCCGGCGACGACAAGAGCACCAUCAACGGCAUCACCUCUAGCACCUGGGCCGGCGCGGUCCUCGUCACCGAGGGACCCGUCAGCGCCUCAGGUACUGAGUACUGCGCUUCCAUCUGGGUGGGCAUCGACGGCGACAGCAGCAGCUGCGGCCAGGCCAUCCUCCAGACCGGCAUUGACGUCUGCAUUAAGGAUGGCCAGCCGUCGUACUCGGCCUGGUACGAAUGGUGGCCCGCUCUGGACGAGUACUUCGACAACUUUGAUAUCUCCGCCGGCCAAACGCUGCAGGCCUCCGUCCGGGCGACCGCCAACAAUGCCGGCGUUGCCACGCUGGAGAACCUAUCCACUGGGAAGAGCGUGUCGUUCCCUUGGCAUGGAAAUGUGCAGGCCAACCUCUGCCAGCUGGACGCGGAGUGGAUUGUUGAGGAUUUCUCGUCUUCGGAUGGAAAGACUGUGCCUUUCGUGGACUUCGACACUGUGACUUUCACCAACGCCUGGGCUACCGUCGACGGGAAGUUUGUUUCUCCUGCCACUGCGCAGCUGUGGGAUAUUAGCCAGGAUGGUACCACGCUCGCUCAUACGUCCAUUGAUGGUAGCGAUGUUUCCAUCAGCUACGUUGCAUAG